AUGAAUGUUCUUUAUUCAUUGUUGGAUGUUGAUAAUCAACGACUCGACAUUAUAGCUCAAGAAAAUAUUUUCACUAAUACUCUCAAUUUUGUAUUAACAACAUUCACUAAUGAUAUUUCCUCGAUUAGCAAUGCAAUAGUUGAUCGAUUUUGCAUACAUAUUUUACCAAGAAUUCAUCACAAUGUUAAAUGUCUUAUUGUUGAUUCAGUAUUUAUGGAACGUAUUCUUCGUACUGCCGAUUAUCCUAAUUUAACUGAGCUUAAACUCUUUAGUUUUAAUGGUAAAAUUGCUUCACGUUAUUUUACAGACAAAUAA